AGAACUCAGAAGACAGCUAAAACAUGUAAACAAUAAAAAAAAUCAUUUUUCGCGGAUGUAAAGCAAACUCACAUUAGUUUUGUUAAUUUCGCCGUAAUUUCCUGAUAUAAUUGGUCUAAAACGCAGAAAUAAUGAACGAAUCCUUAUCAGAGUGUUUUACCUGCAUGCGUAAAACAGAAAACGUUCUACGUAUCUGCGAUGAAACGAACAUCGAAAGGGUCGAUCAGAUCCUGGCCAGGCACUUUUGGUUCCAGAAACGGGACUUUGAACUGUCGGUACUUUGCACCAGUUGUUGGGAAAAAAUCGACGAGUUCCAUAAAUUCUACUGCGAGGUAGCUCAUGUUCAUCAGGUUGAUGCGCUGCGGGUGGUCAAGCUGCAAGAUAGCCAGGAUGAGAUCGCAUCAACGAAAAAGCGCCGGGGGCGAAAGCGAAAGAAACAGCUUUCAGAAGAUGACACUGAUGAAGAGAGGAAGACUCCGACCAGCGAUUUAAGUUUUCCUGUGCCGGUGGAAGUGAAGCUGGAAAUUACGGAACCAGAAGUGGAGAUUUUUGUCGAGGAGCAUGAACAGGUCAAGCAGGAGAAUUUGAGAGAAUCGGAGGAGGAUGAAGAAAGUGAUGCUGAAGAGGAGGAAUCGGAUGAGGAUUCGAUGAAGCCGAUAGCAGCAAGACGUAGGCAAUCCAAGAGACGAAACCAUCGCGGUACGAAGUCAUUCAUGGGAGAAAAAGAUGCGUACAUCCUCAAGCAUUUGGAUAAACUGGUUUGCGAACAGUGCAAUGAAGAGUUUGACACUUUUAAAAAACUGGAGAAGCACUGUAAAAAAGAGCAUAACUCUUCCGCUUCUGUUGUCUGCUGUAAUCGAGCUUAUCAUAAGCAGCUCAGUUUGUAUCAACAUCUGUGCCGGCACAAAAAUCUGCUCAAGUACCAAUGUAAGGAGUGUGACCGCUGCUUCAAAAACGUAGACGGACUGAAGAUGCAUAAUUUGCUGCAUCACACACCGGAAGAAGAGAAAAUGUUCCGCUGCCAACUGUGCCAGACGGCUUUUGCCACGGAAUCGUUUCUGACUAGUCACCUUAACUGGCACGCCACGGUAGAACCGAAAAACAUCAUUUGCCAUAAGUGCAAUAAAUAUUUUACUAACACAAAAAUGCUGGAGAACCACACAAUAACUCAUCAUCCGGAGUUUCUAGACCCGGAAGGGUUUUCGAUCGAAACGGAUGGUAUGCAACAAUCGAUGGAAGAACAUCAGCCAUUAGAUCAACCUUUACUUGACGAGUCCGAAACAUCAUUCAAACGACCCCAAGAAUUGGCCAAACCGAUCCGCCAAAAAAGCAUAGAAGAGUCGGCCAAAGAGGACGAUCUCAUACGGAAGUACUGCUCGCUAACCUGCGACUUGUGCGACUUUAUCGGGGCCACGUUCAACAAGGUAAAGGUGCACUACAAAAACGUCCACCAAGUGCCGGGUUUCGCCGUCUGUUGUGCGCGCAAGUUCAGCAAAAAGAGCCGACUUUACGAGCACGUGUGCGUUCACGAGAAUCCGGAACACUUCAAGUGCCAGGUGUGCGACAAAACGUUCCAAAACAGCUUCGGCUUGACGAACCACAUGAUGUGGAAGCACACUCCCGACUCGGAGAAACCGUUCCGGUGUGACGUAUGCGGUAACCGAUUCUGGAAGGAAUAUCUGCUGAAACAACAUAUGGAAUAUCAUCUGGCGCUGGAGGAGAAGAAGUACGCCUGCAAGGAGUGCGAUCGAUUCUUCGGAACCAGCCUGUUACUUAAAUCGCAUGAGCAAACCGUACAUGGUCUCAGCGCUAGCUGGGUGUGUGACAUCUGCGCCAAAGGAUUCACAUUGAAAUCGGCGCUAGAGUUCCACCGGCAGCAGCACACACAGGAGGGCUUGGCGGCGCAGAAGGCUCAGUGCAAGUACUGCAACCUCUGGAUGAAGAACGUGCGCAGUCUACAGAGCCACCUGAAGCGCUGCAAAUCCGACCCGGUCACGUGUGACAUCUGCGAAAAAGAGUGCUCGAACACGUUCUCGCUACAAAGCCACAAGAAGUUUGUCCACUCGAACGUUCCGUUGUACGCGUGCAAAUUUUGCGCCAAGCCAUUCAAGCGAUUGUUACGGUUGAGGGAACACGAAGCAGGACACACCGGAGAUACGUUGUACAAGUGCGAGUUCUGUCCGCGGACCUGUAACUCGAGUUCAAAUAUGUACACCCACAAGAAGGUUGCCCAUCCAGAACAGUGGGCGGAAAAGGUGGCCAGCCGGUUCCAUAAACGGUAGAAAGGUUCCGGAAAUCUGUCCGCAUUAGUGGUUACGAUAUAAGGCGAUCACCGAGAUGAACAGUUGGACUAUUUGAAAGGAAUUUGAAAGCACUUAUUAAUAAAUAAUCCAUUUUCCUGAAUAGUAUAA